AUGAUGCUUGGAGGUCUUUCAGAGGCCAGACCUGCCACCCCAGAAAUCCAGGAGAUUGCUAACAAGGUCAGACCACUGCUUGAAGAGAAAACCAAUGAGAAAUAUGAAAAAUUUGAAGCCGUUGAGUAUAAAUCUCAAGUUGUCCAAGGACAAAAUUACUUUAUUAAGAUGGAUGUAGGUCAUGGUCAGUUCCUUCACAUAAAACUCUUCAUAGGGAUUUCUAAAGAAGAUGAUUGGGAACUUGAUGGUUACCAGACUGAUAAAACCAAGAAUGAUGAGCUGACCUACUUCUAA